GCGGCGCAUGGGGGCGCUGUUAGCUUCAUCCUGGCGCUCGUUUCCCCACUGUUUCAACGAAGAACUGAAGAUGGCUGCAACCAUAAAAUCAACACCCGGGGUCGAAGAUGUCAAUGUCACUUUUGAAGACCAGCAGAAGAUCAACAAGUUUGCCAGGAGCACGAAUCGAAUGGCAGAGCUAAAUAAAGAAAUUGAGGCAAAGAAGAAAUCACUGCAGAACUUGGAGGACGCCAGCGACGACCUAUUAAUGUUUGACGAUGACUCACUUUUGAUCCCUUAUCAAAUCGGUGACGUUUUCAUUAGUCACACGCAGGAAGAAUCGCAAGAGAUGCUGGAGGCUGCCAAGGAAGCAUUGAAGCAGGAGGUCAAAGAGCUUGAUCAGCGAGUGUCAACCAUCCAGCAACUGUUGUCGGAUCUGAAGGUGCAGCUCUACGCCAAGUUCGGUAACAACAUCAACUUGGAGGCGGAUGAAAGCUGAGGCGAGACAUUGUCAACACACCUCGUAAGGACUUUGACAGAACUUUCGACACACAAACAGAAGGUCCAGAUGGACCCGACUUGUGAUGUUAUCGUGAAGAACCUCAAGGACAACAAUCAACAAUGGGGGGGAAAAAUGAAAUAAAUAAAUGCCAUUCAAGUAUAUAUUA